AAAUACAUCGACACGUCUGACGCGCACCUCUCUACUUCAAAGAUUCACUGCUACUAGACACAAUUCAAGCAUUACUAGCUCCUCUUGUGCUCGCGAAUUUUGCAUACCAUGCCCGCCUGGACUAUUCUCCCUCCAAACAAGGAGAACCUCGAUCAGGACUAUUGUCAUCCUAUACUCAUGAAGUUAUUUCGUGUGAUGAAAACAAUCUAUAGGCUUUUGGACCCGCAAAAUGAACCAUCAAGGGUUCAUGAAGGAAAACAUAUCGCGAUAUUUGGUUAUGCAGAUUCGGAAGAAAUGAGCGAAUCUUCCGUGCUAUCAAGCCUUUUCCAUAUAUCCACUCAGACUUCUCCGCGCUUUGCUCUCUUAUCUCGGGACAUGCAAAUCGAGGACAGGGUGCAAAACCUUCAUAUACCCGUCCCGCUUGAGCUCGUGCCGGUCGUGACGAACAUAUGCAAUUUCGCUCUUGCGAGGUCACAGAUUUCCGGAGACACAGACGAACCAGAAUGCGACGUAGCACAUCAAGUAUGGCAACGAGUUCAAAUACAGAAAUAUCACGAGCGCCUUUUGAAAUCAGGUUCUACCGACUCUCCAGAUGAUGAUCCUCAAUGUACUUUGUCGAUCGAGUCUCAGUCAAUGCGGGAUUUGUCAGAUAGCUACGUGUCCUUCGAUCGCCUGCAUCGGAUGUACCCUGCCUGUUAUGCACUGGCAGCUGUAUGCCGAAGGACGCUGCUGGUAUAGUGAAGAUAUCUGCAUUGAGUGUGUCAACGGCGGCACAACAUGCAUGUGCGGAGAAGCCUGGAUGUGCGACC